AUUUUGUUUCGGACUUUCAGUUUUUUUUCUUUGAUUAUUAUGGCAGACACAAAGAAGAUGUUUACCUUGCAGAGUUCUGAUGGAGAAGAUUUUUUGGUUGAAGAAGCUGUUGCUCUUCAAUCUGACACGAUUAAACAUAUGAUUGAAGAUGAUUGUACUGAUAAUGGUAUACCUUUACCCAAUGUUACAGGCAAAAUCAUGACUUUUAUCGUUGAGUACUGUAAGAAACACGUAGAAACCCCUCAAGGAGAUGCUGCCGCGGAAGAAGAUCUUAAGAAGUGGGAUGCUGAGUUUGUUGGUAAGUUCGAUGUGCAGACUACCCUGUUCGAUGUUAUCUUAGCGGCAAAUUACCUGGAUAUCAAGAGCUUGUUAGAUCUGACUUGCCAGAAAGUUGCGGAUAUGAUCACGGAGAUAUCCAAGAAGGGGGGAAAUACAGAAAAGAUAGUAGAGGAGAUCCGUAAGACCUUGAACAUUAAGAAUGACUUCACCCCAGAAGAAGAAGAGGAGGUUAGAAAGGAGAACCAAUAG